AUAACUAAAAAAAAAUAAAAGAAACGCAGAAAAACCCUUUGAUUAUUGUCAAACCCGUCACGCCUCGCCUUUGCUGGUCUGAGUAUUAUACCAUCACUCGCCACAUUCCCUGCAAUUCAUCGCCUAACUUCCUCGGCAACGAAACGCUUCCCGCAAUGUCACGCUGAAGGGAAUGCGAUCUGCGUAUUCAACCGUAGCUUUUCUCCUUCUUCCCCCCAUCUCCGAAACGCAUUCCCCUUCCUCAACCACCUUCUUUCUUAAGCCUUGAAACCGAACUCGUUGCUAAAUCCUCAACUUUUCCAGCUGCGAUAGACGAUCCGAGAAGGAUAAAAAGAAAUGGCGUCGUUCUUCUCGAAGCUGGCGUUGAUUCUCUCGUUUUUUCUGCUUUUCUUCCUCUUUCCUGCUCAAUCCGCGGUGUUCAGCGUAGAUCUGGGGUCCGAAUCGCUCAAAGUUGCUGUCGUGAACUUGAAACCUGGUCAGACACCGAUCUCUAUCGCCAUCAACGAGAUGUCGAAGCGCAAAUCACCGGCGCUGGUUUCCUUCAACUCCGGCAACCGUCUCCUUGCCGAAGAAGCCGCUGGCCUCACCGCUCGCUAUCCGCAGGACGUGUACUCUCAAAUCAGGGACCUCAUAGGGAAACCCUACGGCUUCGCCAAGAAGUUUCUGGAUUCAAUGUACCUCCCUUUCGAGGUGAAGGAGGAUUCCAGAGGCACAGUGAGCUUCGUGGUGGAAGGCGAUGGUGGCGCCACUCAGUAUUCCGCGGAGGAAUUGGUGGCUAUGGUGCUGGGCUAUGCGGUGCAUUUGGCGGAGUUCCACUCCAAGGUUCCGAUCAAAGACGCCGUGAUAUCGGUGCCGCCUUAUUUCGGGCAGGCUGAGAGGAAAGGGGUGCUUCAGGCGGCUCAGUUGGCGGGGAUUAAUGUUCUCUCGCUGAUAAAUGAGCAUUCUGGCGCUGCGUUGCAGUAUGGGAUUGACAAAGACUUUUCCAAUGAGUCCAGGCAUGUUGUUUUUUAUGACAUGGGUUCUGGCAGUACCUAUGCUGCACUUGUUUCUUUCUCAGCGUACAAGAGCAAAGAGUAUGGGAAGACUGUGUCUGUGAACCAGUUUCAGGUUAAGGACGUACGUUGGAACGCAGAGCUGGGUGGCCAGAAUAUGGAACUACGGUUGGUGGAGCAUUUUGCAGAUGAGUUCAAUAAACAAGUUGGUGGUGGAAUAGAUGUGAGGAAAUUUCCCAAGGCUAUGGCAAAAUUGAAGAAGCAGGUUAAGCGAACAAAAGAAAUUCUUAGUGCAAACACAGCAGCUCCUAUUUCAGUGGAAUCACUUCAUAAUGAUAUAGACUUCAGGAGCUCAAUAACCCGUGAGAAGUUUGAAGAGCUUUGUGAUGAUAUUUGGGAACAAUCUCUUCUGCCAGUGAAAGAGGUGAUUGAGCAUUCUGGCUUGUCAAUGGACCAGAUAUAUGCGGUGGAGUUGAUUGGAGGUGCUACCAGAGUGCCAAAGCUACAGGCUAAGCUUCAAGAGUUCCUUGGGAGAAAACAACUUGAUAGGCAUCUUGAUGCUGAUGAAGCUAUUGUUCUUGGUGCAGCGUUGCACGCUGCAAAUUUAAGUGAUGGAAUUAAAUUGAACCGCAAGCUAGGAAUGAUUGAUGGUUCUUUGUAUGGAUUUGUGGUUGAGUUGGAUGGUCCUGAUCUUCUGAAGGAUGAAAGCUCGAGGCAGUUACUAGUACCACGAAUGAAGAAACUACCGAGCAAGAUGUUCAGAUCCGUUAGUCACAACAAGGAUUUUGAAGUGUUGCUAGCUUAUGAAAGUGAAAAUCAUUUACCACCGGGUGUCACUUCUCCUGAAAUUGCAAAAUACCAGAUUUCUGGUUUGACAGAUGCAAGUGAGAAAUACUCAUCUCGAAACCUGUCGUCCCCUAUCAAGGCAAUUAUACAUUUCUCUCUAAGCAGAAGUGGAAUUCUCUCUCUUGAUCGGGCUGAUGCUGUUAUCGAAAUAACAGAAUGGGUGGAAGUUCCCAAAAAGACCCUGACCGUAGAGAACUCGACUAUUUCAUCGAACCUAUCAACUGAAGCUGGUGCUAACAACAAUUCCACAGAAAGCAGUGAAAAAAUGGAAACUGAUAGUGGGGGUAAUACAACCGACAGUAUUGCGGAGGAGAAAGUAGCUGCUGAACCUGUCAUGGAGAAAAAGCUUAAAAAGAAGACCUUUAGGGUACCAUUAAAGAUUGUUGAGAAAGAGCCUGGAAUGUCUCUGUCUAAAGAUUUUCUUGCCGAAGCCAAAGGAAAAUUGGAAGCACUAGACAAAAAAGAUGCCGAAAGAAAAAGAACGGCUGAGUUAAAAAAUAAUUUAGAAGGUUAUAUAUAUACCACUAAGGAAAAGAUUGAAACUGUUGAAGAGUUUGAAAAAGUUUCUACAAGUGAGGAACGCCAGUCCUUUGUUGAGAAGCUUGAUGAGGUGCAAGAUUGGUUGUACACAGAUGGUGAAGAUGCCAAUGCUACUGAGUUUCAAGAACGUCUAGAUAUGUUGAAAGCUGUUGGUGAUCCAGUUUUCUUUAGGUUAAAAGAGCUUACAGCUCGACCAGCUGCUAUUGAACAUGCCCAGAAAUAUCUCGAGGAGCUGAAGCAGAUUGUUCAAGAGUGGAAGGUAAACAAGUCUUGGCUUCCAAAAGAACGAGUAGAUGCGAUUCUAGAUGAUGCUGAAAAGUUAAAGAAGUGGUUGGACGAAAAAGAGACUGAACAACAGAAGAUUUCUGGAUUCAGUACACCAGCUUUUACUUCUGAAGAAGUACUUUUGAAGGUGUUUGAUCUUCAAAACAAGGUUGCCAGUGUUAAUAAAAUUCCCAAGCCUAAGCCUAAAAUUCAGAAACCUGUGAAGAAUGAAACUGAGAGCAAAGUGCAGGAGGAUUCGGGUAAUUCUAACUCCACCUCAACUGCCGGUGAUCAAUCCAGUGACAGUUCAGAAGGCACAAGUGAAGAAUUUGCUGACAAUCAAGAAGGUCCAAGUGAUGAAAAGAAUGAUGAGCAAACAGAAGUUCAUGAUGAGUUAUGACCGAGCAGGAAAGCAUGUAGGCCCAGUUUUAAUCAGCUACCUGCAGGACUUUUAGUUAGUAGACUAAUUUCUAGUGGAUAGGGGAGAGGAUGCAUUGUCAAUUUUCGGCGAUCAGGAGAAUUUAUCUGAGGAAGUAUUUUCUGGAUAAAUGGUUAGUUUUAAGGUUAGAACAUGUGGUUUCUAAUUAUUUUCCUCUUGCAACUUAACAGAAGAAAAAAUUGAAAGCAGAAUAGAGGAGCCGGUGUUGUGGGUUUUUUUUUUUCUUUUUUCUUUUUCCCUUGUGUUUUGUUUUUUUUUUUUUUUGGGGGGGGGGGGGGGGGGAUUAGGUUUUCUAAAUUUGUAGUUUACAAUAUGAAGGGUUAUAUUAUCUGCUGAAAGAUUAUAGGGGAGUAAAUGAAUACUAAGACUCAGUCGCUCGACAGGGCAUUUAUAGAAUUUUUUAAACAGCUUUUUCUUUUUCA